CACCAUCAAUUCACAACAGAACACAGAAGCAUCACCAGAUAACAGUGUAAAAAUGACUAUAAAUUUAAGUGAUUUGCAUAUGUGACAGGUGCAAGUGUCAAAAACAAUGUAUUGCUGUAGAGAACCGAAACUAAUUUAUGUCACUAUCGUUCUUUUGCUCAAAAUUGAAUUGCUGAGCAGUGCUAUGGAGUCGAAGAAGUCAUCUAUACUGGUCGCGCAGAACGCUGACGAUUUGAAGUCAUUAGAGUUGUGCACUACGAGGAACCAGCAGAGGCUCGGUAGCGUAUUUGGGAACUUCACGAGACAUCACAAGAAAGGUCACAGAAGAAGAACAACAACAUCUACAUCAACAACAAUGGUUUACACAACAUUUGAAAACUAUGGAUCAACUGAAAUACCAACAACUACUGAAUACACACUUAGUGUACACCCAACGUAUCCCAAAUUACCGAAACCUCUACGCCUUUCAUCCUCCACAUUAGAUAACGAUUAUAAUGACGAUGUAAAUAAUAUAGAUAACAUUAUAGAAGAGCAAGUAAACGAGCUAAAUAGAAGGCAUAAUAAAAAUAGAAUAACUAGUAAAGAACUGGCUGAGGAAUUAGACGAAACGUCACUAUCAAAAUCGUUGAAUAAAGUAAAGAAAAUGUACAGAGACUCAACGGCUUCGGCUGUGAAUAAAUUAAGUGGGAAAAGUGGUAAAAGUGGAAUAUUUUUGACUGAAAAUUGUACUACAGUUAUAGCCCAGAUAGGCACGACUGCGAUACUACAUUGUGAAGUUAGUGAUAUAACAGAAAAUACAGUAACUUGGAUAAGGAAAAAGGACUAUUCCCUACUGUCAGUUGGUUUAGUAACUUACAGUGCUGAUAAUCGAUUCUUCUCAGCGCACGGGAGACAUGUUAAAGAUUGGGCAUUGCAUAUACGUUUUGCGACGUCAGCUGACGGUGGAUACUACGAAUGUCAAGUCCCGACUCAUCCACCAACCAGUAUAUUCUUCAAGCUUGUCUUAGUGGGUAUGUACAAAAAUACUGUAGUACAGAAGAUUUUCUACUAUGGUUCAG